AUGAUUUUGAGGGGAAGGGUUGGAGCCGUUUUUAUUGAUAUUUCUAUUAGGCACGAUGGCCCCAUAGAUAUGCUUGACUUUUUCAACCGCUCGUGGAAUGUGGAGCUGACACGCAAUGCAGCUUCGGAAGCCACCGGAUGCCUGUUGCGCUUUCCGUUGCUAAAAGUUGGUUCGUCAGUGUGCGCUGGUGUUGUUGCGUCUUUGAACACUGAGGGCCUUCUUCGACUGGUGUGCAGCAGCACCGUAGACAACGCACUCGCUGUGGCAGACUACGUAUUCGAGUACGUAAAGCAGAGGUUGCCAACCCCUGUGUGUGGUAGUAAGUCUAUUGUAUUUUUCCAGUUUAUGUUCCGCCUUAAGCAACAAGGCGUAACAGGGAAAAUUCGAAUCGAUACAUCCAACGAAUCUGUUCAAUGGUUCGAGAACCACAUCGCCACCGCUGUUGCGAAUGGAGUUGAGGGUCGACAAGGUCGCUGGUGGGCUGCGAUCACCAAACACACUGUCAUUCGCUCGCAACAUCAAGGUGCAUUGCGCAUCGCAUGCCAUUUUAAGCAACCGGCGCCUUGGUGCGAAGCGCGUGCGUUGGAGGAAACAUCAAAGGGGGAUGAGCGGGACGCUGACAACUUCUUCGCCAGUGAGAUGAUGUCAGUUAUACCCAUGGGAAGUGUGUUCGUUGCCAUGCCUCACAACAGGGAGGUAAAUCCAGAGGUACGUUUAUCGUCCCUUAAACGACUCCAGUCAGAGGAAGGGGAAGGAGUAAGUAUGGCUUCAUCAUUGUGGCAACCGCAAACAGAGGUUGAAACAAAAGCAACACCUCAACGAGGAAGUGACGGUGGUGAGGCGGUUGAGGUGCUCACCGGAAACGCAGCGACAAAGUGUUCAACUGUUGUGAAACCUCAACUGAAAGUAGAGGUGACAUUGCGACACACGGGUUAUGCGGUUGCCACAGCGGACACGCAGGAGGGGCUAUCCUUUUUUGUUGAAGAGGUGUUGAUUCCUUUUCUUCACAGGGAAAAGUGA